ACAUCUACUUCCAUCUCCAACAGCACUGCAAUAUAUUGCUAAGGCCCUACAUGCCCUAUACAAUGUCAGACUACAUAAUAGCAUUCAUGGAUCAGAGGAGCGUGAACUGCUAGAAAACACUGAGUUGCUUCUAAGACGCCAUUUGGAUCUUGAGGAUAAAAAAUCAAAGGAGAAAGGGAAACCACUGAGGGGCUCAUGUGCUCCCCGCAGGCACAUCUUCUUCUUAAAAACCCACAAGACUGCCAGCAGUACCAUCAUGAACAUUUUAUUUCGGUUUGGAGAUCUGAGAAAUCUCAGCUUUGCUCAUCCCACCAAUGGCAACUCACAGUUUAGUUAUCCCAGUUAUUUUUCUUCACGUUUUGUGGAUGCCUUUUAUCAGGGGAACUGCAGCAUGUUCCAUAUUAUGUGCCAACACAUGAGGUUCCAGCUCACUGAGGUAGAAAAGGUGAUGCCCAGAGACACAUUUUACUUCACAAUUCUUCGCAACCCAGUUUCUCAGAUGGAGUCUUCUUUCUCGUACUACAAAUCCAUAGGCGUCUUCUCCAAAGCUAAGAGUCUGGAGGACUUCCUCCACAAUGCAUCCAGAUACUAUGAGAUUAAGGGCCUGAGCAGGAGCUACGCAAAGAACCUCAUGACGUUUGACCUGGGCUUAAACCCCGAUGGAAUUUUGUCAACCAAACAGUUCCAGCUGAAUUGGAGAACAGUUGAAACAGUGUUUGAUCUUGUGCUGAUCACAGAUUACUUUGAUGAAUCACUGGUGCUCUUGAAGGAUGCGUUGUGUUGGACUCUAGAGGAUGUGGCCUCAUUUCCACUCAACACAAGGACUAACAGCACAAAGAAGAAUCUCUCUGAGGAAACUCAAGACAUGAUUAAGAGCUGGAACGCUUUAGACUGGCAAUUGUAUAUCUACUUCAAUCAUUCCUUCUGGAACCGUGUGGAAAUUUAUGGAAGAAAGAGGAUGCAACGGGAAGUAGAGGAACUUAGAAAACUUAGGGCAAAUAUUAGUAUGACGUGCCUGGAGGGUGAAGUUGACCCGGCAAAUUUGCAGGAUAAAUCUUUGAAGCCAUACCAGUCUGGCAUUGCCAGAAUUCUUGGCUAUAACCUGAAGCCAGGCUUGGGGCCAGCUGAUAAGUUGUUGUGCCAGAGAAUGGUGACCCCAGAGCUCCAAUAUACUCAUCUGCUGGUGCAGAAGCAAAAGCAGUCAAAAUACUAUUGUGUAGAGAAAAAGGAACCAGUAACUAAGAAUCUUUAGAUAACAAGUGACUUGCUAUACGUUUGUUUACCUGGGAGAGUUACAACAAAUCCUCAAGCUGAUGUGCAGGAAUUUGUGCUUUAAAUAGCUGUGAAAGGUUGAACAUUCAUGAACUUGCAGAUUCAGUGUGGCCAUUGAUUUCUGUGGCGCCUCCAUCCCAAAGCCACAUAGCAAUUUUGUGUCACCAGAGAGAGGUCCAACUGGGUGGGAGGAACAAAGGAACACUGGAGAAUGGGUUAAUGAGGAAGAGGCCAGAUUUUGUGUCUUUCACCUUUAAAUCAACCUCUAUUUUGAUGUACAACAGUGAUACUCUGAGACAAUUUGCAACUGGUCUUUUUUUUGUGGAAUUUCAGCAGCUAUCUGGUUGCUAUGGUCCAUUUGCCCUAGUAAAGAGUCAGUGGAGUGACUGAGUGACUGGGAGAUGAAUAGGAGAGAAAAAUAAGUAAUAAAAAGUAACAAUAACUAAUAAAAAGGAGCCUCACAGAUCAACAGUUUUUGGCUGCCGGGGUCAAGAAUAAAAAAUGAAGACCAGUUGCUAAAAAUGGGACAUUCUGCAAAAUACUAAAGGUUAACUGAAAUGAUGACUUGCCCCAUUACAUGUUUCAGAUGUUUAACAUUGUCUGUCUGUUUUGGCACCGCAGCUCUCAUGGAAUGGUCAUUUGUAUUAAAUGUAUUUAUUUAUUUCUAUAGCACUGCAGCCAUAGGCGUAAAUACAAACACUGAUACAGUUAUUAUAGACAUUGAGAAUAAAUACUUCAGAUAGAUAAGAAAGAGAUAAUAACCUAUUGGAAUGGUUAGACAGAGGUUAAAGGACAAUGAAAGGUUAAUAUAAAUUAAAAGUAAGUCUAAAGUACUUACUGCAUAUCUAAA